UUGACAGUCUUGUUCAUUUGAGUUUGCUUGAGAGAUUGAAAUUUGAAAGGAGAAAUGUGGAGGGCUUUUAUCUUCCAACCGCUCUUCGUCAGAACCUUAAGAAGUUGACACUUUGUAAUACUUAUCUUUCGUGGGAGGACAUGGACAUUAUUGGAAGGUUGCCAAUGCUCGAGGUGCUCAAACUUAAAGAGUUUACCUUCUCCGGUCCAAAGUGGGAACCAGCAGAUGAUGAUGGCUUUAAGGGAUUAAAGCUCUUCCUAAUUGAACGCUCAGAUCUCAAAUGCUGGAAUACAACUGAUGAUCAUUUCCCGGUCUUGGAACGCUUAAUCCUAAGAUUUUGCUUGGAGUUGGAAGAACUUCCAAGUGAAUUUUCAAAUUUAAAUACACUACAACUAAUUGAGUUAGAAAAUUGUUAUCCUAUUCUGGUGGAAUCUGCAAGGAAAUUCAAGAAGAGCAGCACAGCUAUGGUAAUGAGGCACUUGUUAUUCGUGAUCUUGGAGCUAAGAUUAAAUUGCCAAUGAAGGAAAGCUGUGAAAAUGCAUGAAAGUGAAUCCUCUGAAGAAAAUGAAAGUGAAUGAGGAGUUUGAUGAUAUUGGGGGCGUUUGAGGAAAACUGGUUAAAGCUGGGGAGGUAUGCCCUACUCAAUGAAUAUGUACUGAU